AGGGUCACAUUCGUAUAUAUGCGUGAAACUGGAGAUAAAUGUUAAGAUCUGUGAAAGAUCUGGUGUUAUUUAGGCCAUCAUAUGCGUCUUUUGGCUGUUUCAUGGUGUGCAGGGCUUGGGGAUUACUUUGCUUGGAACGCAGCGGAUGCGGAUUACAGAGGGAUGGGCUGUGAGGUGUCCAAGAUGGCGGCGCCCUGUGGAGUGCAGCAACUCUAACAGCGGUGCCUGGAGACUGAGUGCCCUCCAGGCAGGACAGGACACAGAGAGCCUGACCUCCGCCUGACCUCCGCCCCCGGCAGCCCUGCCGGCAGCCCUGCCAGCAUGGCCCGAGAGCAGCCCAGCACCGGGGACCUGCUCCCCCUCCUGGAGACCUCCGACUUGCGUCAGCUGGAGGAGAUCAAAGGCCUCAUCAACGAGCACCUGAGCACAGAGCGUGGGUCCAUGCUGCUGAACGGACUGGUGGACUACUUCCUGGAGACCAACUCCACCCAGGCCAUGCAUAUCCUGUCCUCUGUCAGAGAGCCCCACGACAAGCAUCUACUGGAAAAGAUGAACGAGUGCAUGAGCAGGCCGGCCUGCAGGCUGCCCACCCUGACCCUUCUGGGACAUGUGGUCCGCAAGCAGCCAUCUUGGAUCCACAAGAUCGCCCGCUACCCUCUGCUGCUCUCGCUCCUCAAAUGCCUCAAGACGGACUCAGAUGUGGUGGUGCUCGUCACUGGGCUGCUGGUCCUGGUCAUCCUGCUGCCCACCAUCCCCCAGGCCGGAAAGCAGCACCUCUACGAGUUCUUCGACAUCUUCGGCCGUCUGGCCUCCUGGAACCUGAAGAACCCAGGACACAUCUCGGAGGUGUAUCUCAUCCACCUGCACGCCAGCGUUUACUCCCUGUUUCACCGCCUCUACGGCAUGUACCCCUGCAACUUUGUCUCCUACCUGAGAUCCCACUACAGCAUGAAGGAGAACGUGGAGACCUUCGAGGAGGUCGUCAAGCCUAUGAUGGAACACGUUCGCAUUCACCCUGAGCUGGUGACUGGAACCAAGGAUCACGAGCUGGACCCCACAAGGUGGAAGAGAUUUGAGAUCCACGACAUCGUCAUAGAAUGUGCCAAAGUGUCUCUGGACCACAAGGAGGCGUCGUGCGAGGAGGGGUACGCCACCAUGCCCGACAACUUCUACCCCCACCUCCAGCUCCGCCCGCAAGACUGCACCUCCAGCCCUUACACUGACUUCUACAGCAGCUACGGAAGUUCAUCUUCCACCCCUUACUCCACCCCCCGCCAGCCUCUGGCCCCGCCCAUGUCCCUGCCUUCUUUCUCAGGGAGCCAGGCCUCCUAUCGCAGCCCCCAAACCUCCAGACACCAGAACUCCAGCUGUGAGCUGAGCUCCGCCUGCGGGGGAAAAGACCCCUUGUGGAGCCCCUCCUCCCUGUGUGGCAUGGCCACGCCCCCAUCCUCCAGGGGCAUGGCCACGCCCCCAUCCUCCAGGGGCAUGGCCACGCCCCCAUCCUCCAGGGGCAUGUCGCCCAACGCAGAGCUAUCCCAGAGUGCCUCUCACCUCCCCGGACGCCUCAACUCCACAUCAGGAGGUAAAGGUACUCCAGCCUCCAGCACCCCGGCCCCUUCCUCCCCUCCCCCCUCCCUCUCUGAGGACCUCUCCAUCGGGGCUCUGACCUCCAGCACCUCCAGCCCUCCUCAGAAGGAGGGUGGCGCUGUGGAGUCCUCUAAGCCCAGCCUGGUCCGGCAGGAGCCGGUGAGGGAGAAGGAGGGAGGAGAGGCUGCGCUCCUCGGCCCAGAUGCAGGCAGGGUUGGCGCGGAGACCGUUUCCAUGACGCUGACGGAGCUGUCCGUCUUCAUGAAGGAGCAGGAGUUACAGGAGCGGACUGAGAAGGAGAGGGAGGAAGCGGCCAUCACAGAGGAGCUGCUUAAGAUCACCGAGGACCAGAGAGACCCUGUCGCCCCGCGCAGCAUCGACUCUCCCUUCUACCGCACCACCGAGACCCUGACCGGCCCCCGCGAGAAGCCUCGCCCCCCCUGGGACUCCCAGAGGGCCACCCCCGGAGAGCUGCCUGUGGGAGGAGGAGGAGGAGAGGGGGACAGCAGGGUGUCGUCCCAGGAGCAGCCCUGGUGCUUCCAGCCCGGCGUCUUCACCCCCAUCGAGCGUCUGGGUCCCAGGAGCCCGGUGGCGCUGGAGGACGAGGGGGCCCAGUCCCGGCUGCUGUCCCUCAGUCCCUGCAUCAACCCCUGCCUGCCCUACGAGGCUCUGUUCGACCUGGCCCUGCCCCGCGCCGCCUCGCUGUUCGUCAGCAGGAGGACCGCGGAGGCCCGGGCCAGGCUGGAGGGCGGGGAGGCCAGGAGGGAGGAGGAGGGGGGGGAGACGUCUGCCUCCCCUCUGGAGGUGUUGGACCGUCUGGUGCAGCAGGGAAGUGACGCCCACCACAAGGUGCUGAAGAGGUUACCCUUGCCCAGCAAGUCAGCCGACUGGACACACUUUGGAGGCUCAGCUCCUCUGGAUGAGCUGCAGACUCAGAGGAGUCAGCUGCAGCUGCUGCAUGGUCAGCUGCUGUACGAGCGCUACAAGAGAGAGCAGCACGCCAUCCGCAACCGCCGCCUCCUCCGUCGCAUCAUCAACGCCACGGCCCUGGAGGAGCAGAACAACGCCAUGAAGGCCCAGCUGAGCCUGCAGGGGGUGGACAUGCUGUCCCUGACGGAGAGCCUGCAGGUGGAGCAGCAGCGCAGCAGGCUGCUGCGGGAGGAGAAGGAUGCGCUGGUGUGCAGGCUGCAGGCCCAGGUGCACACCCUGCAGCUGGGCCGGGACACCUUCUACACCAGGAACCUAGAGCUGCAGAGUAAGCUCCAGGAGCACCAGACGAGGCUGCGGGACCUGGAGGCGGAGCUUCAGAAGGCGAACAACAAGGUGUGUCACACAGGACACCUGCUGCAGCAGAUGACCAUCAAGCUGAGCACCAGUGAGAGCACCCAGCAGCAGAUGAGCUUCCUCAACAAGCAGCUGCUCCUCCUGGGGGAGACACACAAGCUGUGCACGCAGGAGCUCUCCCACGCAGGCCCCGACACCACCAAGGAGUCCCAGAUGGUGCGGGCGUCCUGGGCGCAGGAGGUGCUGAGCCUGCGGCAGGGCCUGGUGCAGCAGGGCCAGAGGGUGGAGGCAGCGCAGCACCGGGUGGGGGAGCUGGAGAACCUCCUGUCCAAGAAGGAGCACCUGAUCGCAGAGCAGAAGAAGUUCCUGGAGGACGUGAAAGGCCAGGCCAGGGGAGAGCUCCAGGCGUCAGAGGACAGGUACCAGGUCCAGAGGGGGGUAACGCAGCUCCUGCAGACUGAGAUGCUGCAGCUGUACAGCAGGCUGGAGAUGGAGCGUCCUGCCUGCAUCUCCUCCUUCCCACCAGCAGGGGGCAGCGAGCACGCAGCACACCCCAGCCAGCCCAGCGUCACGGCAACAGACGGACCAAUGAGAAGCCACCCCGGCGAGUUCCCUGACGACAGGCCUCCUCCGUCCCCGCGUGGCAACGGCAGCACUUUAUCUCCGGGGCAACCGAAGGCGAAAGCCCCCGAGACGACCAACUCCGUCAACGGCAACCAGGACGGCCCCCCUCCCCCCCUCCUGGUGGAACCCCCCCUGUUCUCCAGCCCCCCCGCCCCCCUAACCGUGGGCUCCUACCCGAGCGCCAAAAGCUUCCUUGGGAUGCGGGCGAGGGAGCUGUUCCGGAACAAGAGCGAAAGCCAGUGUGACGAGGACCCCCCCCCCUGCCGGCCCCCCGCCUGGCCGGCCUCGCACACUGCCUGAAGACUGAGCUGUGUGUGGAGCCCCCCCUGGCCGUGGACCCCCCCGGCCCCCGGCAGGGGGCCGCGCCCCCCAAGGAGGCCCCGGCCGAACACAGGCAGAAGCCCGGGGGCCCGGGGAGCCCUCGGAGGAAGACG